GCAGCUGCCGCACUUUGACGUGGACGUGUUGAAGAAGCUGAAGAAGCGGAAGAUCCAGUCGGUCAAGGACCUGCAGGAGCUGCCGUCUGCCGAGCUGCGGGAGGCGCUGCAGGCUGCCGGGCUGAGUGAGGCGGGGGCGGAGGAGGUGGCCACCUUCCUGUCCACACUGCCCGUAGUGUACUGCAGGGCGGAGUGCGAGGUGACGGGUGAGGAGGAGAUCAUGGAGGGCGACGUGGUGAAGUGCCGCCUGCAGCUGCUGGUCACCCGGCCCAGCCACAACACGCCGGGGUUCGAGCAGCAGGCGCCGACCCGCGGGUCAAGCAAGGCCAUCCGCGCCUUCACGCCCAACAACCCCGUGCCCAAGGACGAGAACUGGCACAUCCUGUUGGUUGACUCGGGCAGCAACGCGGUGCUCACCUGGGCCAAGGCAAGCCUGGUGGAGGCGGAGGCGGUGGGCUUCUCCCGACCCGAGCUGGCGGAGGAGUGGGAGCGGCAGGGCGCGGCGGGGGGCAACGAGGCGGGGGACAAGGGAGGCAAGGAUGCCGACCGCGGCCGCUCUCGCGCCCUCGCCACGGCG